UGCCCUUCGGGGUAGAGUAACGUCCAUAGGAAUGAAACGAGAGAAAGAGAAGAAGAAGAGAGACCAACGCGAGUUAUAUAAUUGUAGUAGAUUACUUCCAUCGUUCGUCACAUGCAUGCCAUCGUGCUCGUAUGCCACGUUAGAACUUGCGUUGUUCUUCAGUCAACAUUUGGACACGAAGAGUGACCGAGCCCCAACGAUCGGACGCCAUUAUGGAAAAUGAUUCAAAGAGUUCGACCGUAAAUGUAAUAUGGAAACGCUUGAAAGAAUCGAUUCUUAAUUUCCAAUUAAACUCCGAUCAAAUAUUUUAUCGAAUUGGCCUCAGUAUAGGAAAAAGACCAUGGAUUUGGCUACUCGUGUCCUUCAUCAUCAAUUGCAUAUGUUGUCCUGGAAUGAUAUUCUGGAAAGAAGAAGUCGACGAUUUAGAACUUUGUGUGCCAAUGAAUUCAGAAGUACGAGCAGAUGCAAUUUGGGUCCAAAAACAUUUUAGGGAUGAUCUCAGAUACGAAAGUAUCAUCAUUACUGCACCGAACAUUUUGGAACCGGAAGUGUUGCAAUCGAUCAGUGAAAUCGAGAACACAGUGAAAAAUAUAGUGGUGAACAAUUAUACAUGGAAGGAUGUAUGCGCUAGUUUUUUAACGUGGUUCGAGGAAGAUGAAAAUUCGCUGCUUGAAGAUACACAAAGUUUCGAGUUUUCCGACGAGAUUAUGCAGAAUUUGAACAACACCAUGUUGAAGGAUGGAUGUAUAUAUCAAUCUCUUUUAAAACUCUGGCAAGGAGAGGAUAUAUCAGCGUUAACGAAAGAAAAAAUAUUAAAAGAUGUCACGAAGGCAAUAAGAGAUAAAUCUAGAAACCACAUACUGCAUAAUAUCGUACCGCUGUUAUCGGAUAUCGAAUAUGACGAAAUGAAUAACGUGAAGUCUGCAAAAGCAACAAUAUUGAAUUGGAUGCUGAAAAAAUCAAAUCCACAUUCUUCCGAAUGGGAAUUGCAAUUUAUUGAGCGUGUUCUCCAUGGAAAUCAUAGUCUACCUUCGGGAAUGGAGAUUUAUGCGGUUUCCUCAAGGAGCUUUCAAGAUGUCUUACAUGAAGUGAUGAUAAACAAUAUGCCGAUACUAUGUUGUGGAUUAUCAUUGAUCACUAUUUAUGUAUUAUCCAUGAUCGGUAGAUGCAAUGUAAUCGAACAAAGAUUGUACCUUUCCCUUAUGGGUGUUUCUGUUGUUGGUCAAGCGUUGAUAUCCUCUUACGGAGUAUGCUAUUACUUAGGAUAUUUUUACGGCCCGUUACAUCGUGUAUUACCGUUUCUUUUACUUGGUAUUGGUGUUGACGACAUGUUUGUUAUAAUGCAUAGUCUUCAGAUGCAAACUGAGAGCGACAAAGCUUUAGAGAUUCCUCUGCGUAUUGCCAAAGUUGUUCAACACGCAGGCAUGUCCAUUACUGUGACAUCUUUCACGAAUCUAGUUGCUUUUGGAAUUGGCAUGACGACAAUGAUGCCAUUUCUCAAAUCAUUUUGUAUGUUUGCGACUAUGGGAAUAUUAUUUCUAUAUAUAUUCGAAUUGACCUUUUUUGUUAGUUGCUUGGUAUAUGAUGAGAGACGACUUGAAGGUAAAAGGGAUGGCUGCUGUUGUCGGCCCAGAUCCGAAUGGAAACCGAAUGACUGCAGCAAAAAAAAUUUGCAACAAAUUAUUUUCGAGAAUUAUAUCGGACCGUUCCUAAUGAAAACAUAUGUUAAAGUCGCCGUGAUAGCUAUCACAGUGUGCCUCGUAUGCGUCAACAUUUGGGGUAUAUUUCAGUUGAAGCAAGACUUCGACCCACUCUUGUACUUAAAUCAAGACUCUUAUCCGAUACGCUUUAACGAAAAGUUAAAGGAACAUUUUCCCGCAUAUGGUAAACACGGUGCCGUUUAUAUGACUGACGUAGACUAUUAUGAAGAUCAUGAUUCUUUACUUCAAUUGGUCGAUGCUUUAAAAAAUAAUUCUUUUAUUAACAAUCAUUCUUUGGAUCCAUGGUUUGUGGCAUAUGAUAAGUGGUUAAAUAAUACCAAUAAAGGACAUGAUAUUGAGAGUAAAGAUGAAUACUAUGGUUUCCUUAUGGAAUAUCUAUUGUUAACUACGGAAGGUCAAGCAUAUAUAAAAGAUAUUAUAUUUGACAAAUUACCCAUUGGUGAUUACAACAUAACGACCUCCAGAAUUCCAAUACAGCAUGUACUUGUUAAUAGAACGUUAGAUCAAAUAAAAGCAAUGCAAUCUAUGAGUGAAUUAGUAAAAGUUACUAAUUUAUCUCAGGAUCAUUCUCAUGUAGUGAUAUAUUCUCCGGAGUACAUAUCAUGGACAGCUAACAAGAUAAUUGGAGAAGAAUUAGUCAGAAACUUGAGUUUAGCAAUAGUAUCUAUUGGAUUAGUAACAAUACUUCUAUUGAGAAAUUUAGUAGCGUCAUUUUGGGUCAUUAGUUGUGUAAUAUUUACACUAAUUGAUCUUUUAGGUUCUAUGCACUUUUUAGGCUUGAUCGUUGAAAUUUCAUCUAGUAUUCUUGUUCUUCUUUGUAUUGGAUUAGCAGUAGAUUAUGCUUCACAUGUUGGAUUAGAAUUUAUAAGAAGAAAGGGUUCUAAAGAUGAACGGGCUAUUACAACAUUGAAGAUUAUUGGGCCACCUGUUUUUAAUGGAGGCUUUAGUACUUUUCUUGCGUUUAUUUUACUAGCUUCUAGUAAAGCAUAUCUCUUCAGUGCCUUCUUCAAAUUAUUUACUGCUGUGGUAGCAUUCGGAUUAUUUCAUGGAUUGUUAUUUUUACCCAUUAUUUUAAGUUUAUUGGGACCUAACGAAACAAAAACAUCAUAUAAUACUCCAAAAGAAUGCGAUGUAAAAGAAAAUAAUGGGUAUUACACUGUCCAUUUACCAAACAAAGCAGAAGAUGCAGGAGGCGGGCGUGAAAAUUAAGUGAUCCAAUUAUUGUAAAGACUGAAUAAAUAAGAAAUUGACUAUAAGAAACUUUGAUGCAAGAAAAAUAAUAAAAGUAUACUACAAUAAA